CGACAAGAACAAAAUUAACACGGAAUAGUGCAGAAAUAAAAUGAGAAGGGGUGUAUUUGCAUUGUUCCUUUUGAAUUUCGUAAGCUUCGGAGAGUCCCUCGUAAAAGUAUGGAGGCACGACGACGACAUCUCCAACCCCCAACACUGGGUGAGAGGUAAACCGGGGCAACAAUGUGAAGGGUUGGAUCUACGCGAAGCCUCUCACUCGUUCUUUGUGGUUGACCACUUGGACGUUAAACAGAUCCUACUGCCUACUUACGUGCAAAUAUAUCUUCCAGAAAAUACACGCAUCUACCUUCACGAAUAUUUCACCGAGCAGAUGGACUGCGUACGCAUAAAGAACGACUUCGACAUCCACUCGUGGCUGGACCCGUCCAGCUGGACACUAGAGGGCGCCGAGUUCAACGCGGCCGUCCCCCACCUGGAGCGCAUCCCCUGCCACCACGACGACGUCGUCUUUCCCAAAGCUUGGAAGUCCAGCGCCUGCUACGUGGAAUACUUCCUUUUCGAAGACUCGGACCGGCUCAAAAUCCACUCGUUCAAGUUCGGCGACCGAUAUUUGACCAACAGGGGCCUGAGGGAGAUCGACGAAUCCAGCAUUCCCAUCUUCUCGGACAUGUUAGACACGUACCUCGACGUCGACGGCAAAACUUGCACCGACCCCACCGGUUGCUCUUGCGGGAACUCCCUCCAGGAUGGAGCCUGCCUAUACGUCGACGAGCCCCAAUAUUACGAGUGCCUGGAACCCAUUACACCCAUCGGGUUCUGCACUAGGAUGUGCGGAGCCAGCAUAUUGAUAAAGAACACAAAUUCCUCGGAGUUCAAAGCUAAUUUCGAGAUAGAGAGGAUCCGGAAAGCCCUCGGGGACUACUCUUCGGACACUCACGUCAGCAAGGUCCAAGAUGGGCCCGAAACUGCCAUCCAGAUCAUCUUCACCGAAAAGGAAUUCAGCGGCAGCAGCUUGGAUGACGCGAAAGAUUUUUACUCCGUACUUUUGACAGACAAUUCCUUUGGGGUGGUUAACGCUGCGCUUAUUUCUUCCGGUAUAAAACUUGCCGGAGGAAAAAUGGCGAGAACAGCCGUCUCCAUAGUAUUCGGAUGUUUGUGUGGCGUACUUCUUGUCUUCGGCGUCAUAUUUUUCGUCAACUCGCCCCAAUUCGACAGGCUGAACGUGAGCAACAGGUACCACUUUACCUCAAGGCCCUUGUCCACGCUCUUCGCCAGGUACGACAAGAUGGACGACGAGAGACUCGUCCUCCAGAAGGCGGAGUCCGUGGUGAGCUUGGAGAAAUCCUUCGACAAUCCCAUGUACGGCUCGUCAGCGCCAUCUACGUCCAGCGCAAGCGCGGCCGCAGGGACUGAGGAGAGGAUUCCCAAGUCGGAAAUCUACUUGGAAAAUCCAAUGUACGAGAUCAAAAGCUUGAUGGACGGUGCGGGCGAUGAAAAUGUUACGGAGGAAAGUCAGUUGGUCGAUCUUGGGCCGUCGAGAGAACGGCGAGAUGAAUAAAUAUUUUAAAAAAUUGGUUUGUAAUAAACUAAAUAUUGGUUUAAUAAAGCGAAACAAAGGUA